AUGCUGCGGGUCCUCCUCGCCACAUGGCAUGUUCUGCCCUCGGGUGGUGAUGGCCCGCUGGUCACUUCGACAUCCUCGACGACACCUCCCACGAUCAAUGGCACCUGCAACCCUGCACUUGGACAUCGCUACAUCUCCAUAGGGUCUGCUGGAGGGAUCUCUUCUUCUUCCUGUUCUGCCAGCUGGGAUUUGCACGAGGUCGAGGCCUUCAAAAGCAGCGGUCAUCGGCUGACGCUGUCCGCGUCGUCAAUGUCGGGCUCAGACGACGGCUACCCACCUAGUAAGGCCGUGGAUGGUGAUACGUCCACAUUCUGGGCAGGCGAUCACGACGUCGGAAUGAGUUGCAGCUGCUGGGAUGACUCGAAGAAAGAUGGCCAGAUCCUCACAAUCGACCUUGGCAGCAAUCAGCAGGUCACACAGCUGAAUUUGUACCAGGGAGGUCAAGGCAACGAUUGGGCGGUGAAGCGGGUGAGGUUGCAUUGCCAUGAAUCGGCAGCCUUCUCGUCAGCCUUGGUUGAACCUCUUGAGAUAGAUGUGUCGGCGGGCGUGACAUUCAUCGUGUGCACUGACCAGGGUUGUAAGACCACUCUAAAUCCAGAAUACUACGAUACCUGCAAGGGCGUCGGUGCCAAGCUGGCCGGCGGAGGUCUCUGUGACGUCGGCGGUUCCCUAGAGGCCUUGCCAAUCCUCUUCAGAGUUGCCUUUCGUUUGCCUCUGGUCCUCACGGAGACGAUUGAGUCCUUAAAGGUGAUGCUGCUGUCGAUCCUCCUUGCUUCAUGUGUACUGCGCUCUGGGGGUGAUGGCCCGCUGGUAACAUCUACAUCCACGCCGACAAAUGCAGUUUCGGACUCAAACCCGAACAUCUGCAACCCUGCACUUGGACAUCGCUACAUCUCCAUAGGUUCUGCUGGAGGGAUCUCUUCUUCUUCCUGUUAUGCUAGCUGGGAUGUGCAUGAGGUGGAGGCUUUCACAAGCAGCGGUCAGCUGACGCUGUCCGCGUCCUCAAUGUCGGGCUCAGACGACGGCUACCCGCCUAGUAAGGCCGUGGAUGGUGAUACGUCCACAUUCUGGGCAGGCGAUCACGACGUCGGAAUGAGUUGCAGCUGCUGGGAUGACUCGAAGAAAGAUGGCCAGAUCCUCACAAUCGACCUUGGCAGCAAUCAGCAGGUCACACAGCUGAAGCUGCACCAAGGAGGCCAAGGCAAUGAUUGGGCGGUGAAGAGCGUGAGGUUGCAUUGCCAUGAAUCUGUGGCCUUCUCAUCAGCCUUGGUUGAACCUCUUGAGAUAGAGGUUUCGACGGGCGUGACAACCAUCGAGUGCAGCGACCAGGGCUGUACGACCGACCUCCAGCCGGCGUAUUACGACACCUGCGCUGGCACUGCCGGCGCCGGCGCCCGACUGGCCGUGGGUCUUGCAGCAGCCUUUUCCGGCAUUCUGCUGCUCUGA